UUGCAAUUCAACAGCACUGCGAAAACGGAUCAAGCAAGAAUAUUUUUAAAACGAUUUUAAUUCAAAUUCAGCCAACGGAGUAGUAUCGACUAUAGCUCUCUCUAUCUCUCCUUCAUAACGUAUACGUACUAUAAACGCGUAUACGUACUAUAUGAGUGCCACCAGAGGCUAGAGGCAAUUGCAGCGAACUUGCAACAAUAUUCAUGCGCUUGAAGAUAUUGUAACUACAAAGACAGCGUUGCCAGACUGUCAAACAGCAACAGCAACAACGUUAAGUAAAACAGCCAAAAAAAGGACGAACACGUCAGCGUGUGUGUGUGUGUGUCUGUGUCUGUGUGGAACUCUAGGUGGCGCUGCUGCUUCAACGCGCUGGCAUGCAACAUUGAAAAAGCAAGAAAAGUUCGUGCCGCUGGAAAUCCUGCCGCUAAUUAGUAAACGUGUAACAUGGGCUGCGCCUUUGAAGCAGCCAGAGAGCAGCCCAAGCCGAGAAUAAAGUCAGCAAAAAGAAAUCAAUGUGAUACUACAACAACUGCAAUAGAUACAACAACAACAACACAACGCCUAACAGAGAACUUGGAAAUCAAGGAUAACUAUCAACAAAAUCAUAAAACGCAAACGACAACUGUAAAAGCAAACACCAAGCAGCUAAAAGCGGCAGCUCAAGUGCUUUUAACGGUGCAACAACAGCCACAGCCACAGCCAAAGUCACAACAGUUAGAGCAGUUACAAACGUUGCGUCAAGUGGCGCUGGAGAACAAGGACGCGUUGGCGACACACGAAACAAUCGGUGCACGAAUCGAUAUUAAGGCGAACAGCAGCGAUUUGCAAAACAGUUGCCACGUCAAUUGCCACAAGCGCAGCGAGAUAAACAGAGAUGAGCAGCAGCAGCAGCGGCGCCGCUGUCGACGUCGGCAUUGGCGUCAAGAUCAUACAAACAGAGCUGCCCACAGCCAGGAGCGUCGAAGUCACAGCAUUGUGGCAGCGACAAUGGUCGAAUUGCCGCAAUGCCAGCAGCAACUGCACGAGAUGUUGCUGCAUGCUCGAGCUGCCCUAAUGACGUCCAAGCAAUCGUCGCAGCAGGAGGCGGCAGCAGCAGCAUCAGCAGCAGCAGAGCAAUCACAGCAGGCAGAGAACAAGUUGGAGCAGCAGCAACCGUUAGCGUAUCAGCACUGGCGCUUGAAGAAUGUCGCCAGCGCCGUUGUACCCGCCACAAUGUCAGCCGCCAUUUUAGCGAACUUGAGCGCCACAUCAGCAGCCGCUUAUCAGUAUCUGGGCCAGCACUACAAGCACUAUACCCAAUCGUUCAGCUUCUACGCGGCGUCCAGCGUGAUACUGAUGCUCUGCUAUCUGACCACCACAUCCACGGCCGCUGCCACACAAUCGGAGACGGGUGCGCUCGACAAGCAUCCGAUUCAUGGCAUCGAUUGGUCGAAAUUCGACGAAUCCAGUUCGGAUAAAGAGAUAUUAGAUUUAUUACUGGAGAAGAAACGCUAUGAUAAACGCUUACUGCCGCCUGUAAAUGAUGAAGACUUUUGCUGUGGCUUACAAUCGCCCGAUAUGGCAACAAAUCAAAAUGCGCGGAGACCACAUCAUCGCGGCACACUAACGGUUAAUGUUAACGUAUUACUUUUGAGCUUAGCAUCGCCCGAUGAGAGCAGUUUGAAAUACGAAGUUGAGUUUCUAUUGAAUCAACAAUGGAACGAUCCGCGCCUGCAAUAUGGGAAUAAAUCGCACUACGAUUUCUUGAAUGCGUUACAUCAUCAUGACAGCAUCUGGACGCCCGACACAUACUUCAUUAUGCAUGGCGAUUUCAAGGAUCCCAUCAUACCAAUGCAUUUCGCUUUAAGAAUAUUUCGCAACGGGACCAUUACGUACGCAAUGAGACGUCAUCUAAUAUUAUCCUGCCAGGGAAGUCUGCAUAUAUUUCCAUUCGAUGAUCCCAAGUGCUCGUUCUCCAUGGAAAGCAUUUCAUAUGAGGAGGCACAAAUCAAAUACGUCUGGAAGAAUGAUGAGGAUACACUACGCAAGAGUCCCUCGCUGACCACAUUGAAUGCUUACCUGAUUAAGAAUCAGACCACGGCCUGUGAUCAAAACAGCUGGAGAGGUAAUUACAGUUGCCUACAGGUCGAGUUGACAUUUACCCGUGAUCGUGCAUAUUAUUUUACAACCGUUUUCAUACCUGGCAUUAUAUUGGUCACCUCGUCGUUUAUCACAUUUUGGCUGGAAUGGAAUGCAGUGCCAGCCCGGGUAAUGAUCGGCGUGACAACAAUGUUGAAUUUCUUCACUACCUCGAACGGUUUCCGCAGCACACUGCCAGUCGUCUCCAAUCUAACUGCGAUGAAUGUCUGGGACGGUGUCUGUAUGUGUUUCAUCUACGCCUCUCUGCUGGAGUUCGUCUGCGUCAAUUAUGUGGGCCGUAAGCGACCGCUGCACAAUGUCGUCUAUCGGCCAGGCGAGAAUCCUGUAACACAGCGUCUUCCAGCGGUACUAAGCAGGAUCGGAGUAAUUCUUGCAAGUCCUUUGGCAAGCGCGGUCACCACGCCGGGCAGAGCCAACACGCCGCUCUCCAUGGGCACGGCCCCGUCGACAGCGUCGCCCGGCACACCCCGACACAUGGACGAGGAAUUCUUUGGCGGCGGCAUGCGCUGGCAGGAGGCGCAUGGCGGCAUCAUUGGCGCGGCCGUGCAGAAUUUGCGCGCACGUUCGAUUAAGCGCAAGAGCGGGCGUGAAGCCGCACGAAGCCCGACUGGGGGAACAGCUGUCAACACGCCAGCAGGUGUGAAACACACUGACGAGCAUAUCUAUGAGGAGCCAGCCACAACAGCUGCAGCCACGCGCGUCAAAUUCAAGGAUGAGCAGCAGGAGGAGAGCUCAACGCUGCGCCGUUCAAUAGCCACAAGCACGCCAGCGCUGGUGGUGCGCAUUGAGCGCGAGGAACAACAGCUGCAAUUGGAGCAGCAAGAGCAACAGCAACAGCAAGAGUCAACGCCAGUGGCAACAAUGCUGCAUCCAUUGGCCUUACCAUUGAAGCCGCCACGCCGCAAAUCGUCGCGCUCCAAUUCACCCAGCAGCGUCUACGUGGCAGAUGAGGAGCCAUUUGCAGUCGAAACUGGCGAGAAGCGACGCGACGCCGGCGCACCAAAUGAGAUUGUAGCAUGCACCACCUGCGGCGGCAGCAACAGCCCGUGCACCCACUCGGCCAACAAUGGCUGUGCAACGGAGACCUGCUUCGUUCAAGUGCGCAAAAAAGAGCCACCGCAUCCGAUCCGAGUGGCAAAGACGAUCGAUGUCAUUGCUAGAAUUACAUUUCCAACCGCUUAUGCCAUAUUUCUGAUAUUUUUCUUUGUGCACUACAAAGGAUUUUCGUAAGAUUAAGCUAAAAGCCACAACAACAAACAAAAAACAAUAUGCGAAGAACAGAAAAAUAAACAGAUACACACACACACACACACACACACAUAUAUAUAAAUUGUAGAGAGAACAUGCUAAAAAGAAGCUAUGAUAAAUAUUGUUUACUACAUUCUAAGGCCUUGCUAAAGUCAGUCAACAUAAGUAACUAAGGGAAAC